ACGCGAUUCUUUAUGGUCGCGGCGAAACGAUGUCACUUUUUGUACGCGUCAAGUUCUCCUCCAGCGAUUUUCAAUGAACGUUUUUCGGCUUGUUCCAUUUAUAUUUUUUGUAUUUCUACCAUUGUUAUCGAUCUUCUUCUAAUAACAAUCAGAUGCUGUCAACCGAACAGUCAUGGACAGCAUAUCGUCCGGUGACGUUGUUAAGUUAGAGGAAGUCGGCCGUCAGAACUUUGAAAAGUAAGUCAAAAUUUAUGUUGAAUUUGCUUGAAAAUGCUGCCCGUUUGGUUAUCGGAUGUCUCCUUCUAUAUACAGUUUAAGAGUCUUUGGAAUCAUAAAUUGACAGAUACUAUUUGAAACGACUACUAUGUCGUCGACGAGUCCGUCUCAGAACAGUGUGAUUUUAAACCGGCGGCGUCAAGGUUCUCGAUUGGCAACGCGAAUCGUCAAAGCGGUUAUCAGAUUACGGUGAAGAUCGAGACGGACUUUCGGGUUUCGGGUUAUCGGUCUCGGGACCGUUCGCGAAUGUACCGAAACUGAAAAAAACAGCACUGAAACAACUGACCUACCGAUAAAGGUGCAAGUUACCUUUUCUGGAUACUUUGACGGGCUUCCUCGCCGUGCGUGUUCCAAAACCGUAGUGGCGUAACCGAAUACCUUAAAGAACGUGAUUGUUGUCAAGUCGGAGCGAUUUCUCUCUACAGUCUUCUUUUCACGUUCGGACGAGAAUAAAAAGCGAUUCUGUCUGUGGUUCGGAUUCGAGCUUUCGUUUGGACCGCAGCUGAAAUGCCAUGUGCCUCGCUACUUUGUGGAUGGAGUACGUUGUGUUCUUGUACGUCGUCCAGCACAUUAUGUCAAUAAUGUCGGGCGAUUCCCCGAAUUCCCACCGAAACGAGAUCUUCGACUUCAGGGAAGGCAGCGGGAGACAGUCUCCAGGUCCGACGACCUCCAAGGAUACGGCGAUCGCUCCAAACGCGGGCGUUGUGCAGGCCUCGGUACUCGUCGAGCCUGACAAGGAUAAGGAAGAAGAAGAAAAGGCGUUGAUGUGCUCGCCGAUACUGAAUAAUCCCUCUCCUGAUGGAUCGUACAACCAGGAGCAGGAUAAAACUGUCAGGGCGGAUGAGGCAAACCGUAAUGGUAAAGACAAUGACAACGAUAGGCGAAAAAUGAACGGAGACCUCGACAAACUAGACGGGGUCUGGAUGCCAGACGCCCGGAAAAAACCCCAAGAAGAAGACGACGAGAACUGUACUAUAAAAUGCCUGUACUAUACGAUGCAGUGCUGUGAGUGCGUCAUAGUGUAAUUGUGAUAGUAUUAUCUUUAGCAUUAAAAAGUGAGACAGACUGAUAUGAGGAUACUCAUCCAGACGAGGCGGACACCUCGCAUUCGUCGGAGGAUUUUUUUUGAAAUGCACAUAACAGGAAUCAGAAAUAUUGUUUAAACCUAUUUGUUAAGUUCAAACUUGAAGUGUAGCGUCAGCGUUGCGGACGAACGUUGCGGAGUUACUGUUUAUAAACAGUUCAACGACACGCGCAUGAUUUAAGUUGAGUUACGGCUACGGUAGGUCGAUUUAUAAACCCUGAGGCAGUUAAAAACAAUUUACGGCACAUAACCUAACCUUAAAUUGCAUUCUUUUUCACAAGAUGAUGUUGAAGACCAAACUUGCUGAUUGACAGUCGACAAGAGGUGCCAGCUAACCUCACUUUUGUGAUUGUUUUUUCCAGCUGAUCUGUGGCGACAAACACGUGAGUUGCAGGCUCCUUUUCAUUGGCUAAAUCGAGAACGGCAUCGGCGGAAAGCUAUAUCUUGUUAAGUCUAGCGUCAGCGUUGCGGAAUCCCUGUUUAUAAACAGUUUAAGGACACGCGCAUGAUUCAGAAUCUGUGUUACGGCUAUGGAAGGACGAUUUAUAAACCCUGAGGCAGUUAAAAACAAUUUACGGCGCAUAACCUAACCUAAAAUUGCAUUAUUUUUCACAUGUUGAUGUUGAAGACCAAACUUGCUGAUUGACAGUCGACAAGAGGUGCCAGCUAACCUCACUUUUGUGAUUGUUUUUUCCAGCUGAUCUGUGGCAACAAACACGUGAGUUGCAGGCUCCUUUUCAUUGGCUGAAUCGAGAACGGCAUCGGCGAAAAGCUAAACCUUCUUCAAGUCUAGCGUCAACGUUGCGAAAUCCCUGUUUAUAAACAGUUUAACGACACGCGCAUGAUUCAGAAUCUGUGUUACGGCUGUGGUAGGACGAUUUAUAAACUGUUAGGCAGUUAAAAACAAUUUAUGGCGCAUAACCUAACCUAAAAUUGCAUUAUUUUUCACAUGUUGAUGUUGAAGACCAAACUUGCUGAUUGAGAGUCGACAAGAGGUGCCAGCUAACCUCACUUUUGUGAUUGUUUUUUCCAGCUGAUCUGUGGCGACAAACACGUGAGUUGCAGGCUCCUUUUCAUUGGCUAAAUCGAGAACGGCAUCGGCGGAAAGCUAAAUCUUGUCAAGUCUAGCGUCAGCGUUGCGGAAUCCCUGUUUAUAAACAGUUUAAGGACACGCGCAUGAUUCAGAAUCUGUGUUACGGCUGUGGUAGGACGAUUUAUAAACUCUUAGGCAGUUAAAAACAAUUUAUGGCGCAUAACCUAACCUAAAAUUGCAUUAGUUUUCACAUGUUGAUGUUGAAGACCAAACUUGCUGAUUGACAGUCGACAAGAGGUGCCAGCUAACCUCACUUUUGUGAUUGUUUUUUCCAACUGAUCUGUGGCGACAAACACGUGAGUUGCAGGCUCCUUUUCAUUGGCUAAAUCGAGAACGGCAUCGGCGGGAAGUUAAAACUUCGUCAAGUCUAGCGUCAGCGUUGCGAAAUCCCUGUCUAUAAACAGUUUAAGGACACGCGCAUAAUUCAAGAUCUGUGUUACGGCUACGGUAGGUCGCUUUAUAAACUCUGAGGCCGUUAAAAACAAUUUACGGCGCAUAACCUAAACUAAAAUUGCAUUCUUUUUCACAUGUUGAAUACCAAACUUGCUGGUUGUCAGUCGACAAGAGGUGCCAGCUAACCUCACUUUUGUGUUUGUUUUUUUCCAGCUGAUCUGCGGCAACAAACUCAUGAUUUGCUGGCUUCCUUUUUAUUGGUUGAAUCAGAAAUGGCAAUGGCAGAAAAUUAAAACUUCGACAAGUCAAGCGUCAACGUUGCGGACGAAGGUUAUGGAAUUCCUGUUAAUAAACAGUUUAGCAGUUUUGCGGAUCGUCAGAGCUUAUAAAUCGACCUUCAGUUCCUGUCAACCUGUUGAUUCAGGGGCAGCCAACAAACGAAAUUAUGAAAGAAAUCGCGUUGGAAAAUGUUUUUCAUGAAUGCGAGGUUUUCCCUUCUUCUAAUUGCUUUCCAUGUGGUAUUUAUUUCAGAAAGUGUACAGAUGAAUGUACACGCUGGUGCAGCAAAAACGGUCGGUUAUUUCCCAUUAGUAGGGAAAAUUGGAACGAGUGGCAACCACGCAGUGCUGUCUUUGAGGGAUGUCGAAGGUUUGCCUCGAAGCCAAAAAAUCUUUAGACGAACGAACGAACGAAAUUUUGUGCUGUGGUUUGGGUUGCCACUUUCCAAUUUCGCCUAACCUGAGGAGAUAAAAUUACUUAGAAUAACGGUAAACUGAUAAAGCUACUUAUUUUUAUACAAGCCCGAAAACGUAAUUUUCUGUGUAAUUUCCGAAAUUUUGAUUUUUUAAUCGUAAAGUUUCUUGAUCGAAUUCACUUAUGAGCUAGCUGAAACAAUUUUUCCUUUUCCGUGUUGACACUGAUGACCGAUUUAUUAAUCUCUAAAAAUAGGUUGAAAAACCGAUAUGAAUAAUUCUCAGUUUUGAGUUUUUAUGGCUUGAUUUUCGUAGUUUUUCUUGGCAUUCAGAAAAGCAGGAUAUUUAUAGACUUCAACUUUUUCGUGUAACCCUAUUUUGAGGUUAUAUUUUCUUUUCGUAUUGUCAGGCUGACAAAACAUGACUUUUAUCAUCUGUUUUAUGUAUCUGAAAUUUCAUAACCUCACAAUUGGCGAGCGCUGGCGCUGACACGAACAGUGAGAUCUAGAAAUACCCCAGCUUUUCUAGAGGAGAGAAAAUAUACUGUGAAAAUACACCGAAUAUCUAUCAGGGAUUAAUAAUUUGGGCAUCCAUUAUGUAUAUUUGUGCCUUGAAAAUCGGGGAAACUCGUAUAACAAAUUUUGUGGAUCAUUUAAUGAAAUUGGGGAUUUUUUCCUGCCUAAAACUAUGUUGAGAGACAUUUGAAACAAUUUUGUUUCAAGAUAUAUUUACCCAAGUUUCAUGAAAUUGAUAUUGUUUUUAUGUGUAUGAACAGUGUCUGAAAAGGUAUGCGCUAGUUGGGUCACACAAAAUUUUCUCGGUUUUACAAUGUGAAGAUUGAGACAUUGUGCUUCCAAAUUUACAAAUCCUGUGCACUAUUGAUAUCUUUUGUAUGCAAUAAAAUUGUCAAGGGUGUAAUUUUGUGGUUUGUUCAUUUUUGACGUAUGUCCAAAAUUCUGUAUCAACUGUGUUGUCUUUUGGAUGGUUCUGAUUCUAUUAUACGAUUUUUUCAGUCGCUGUAUAUGCACAUGAAAUUGUAAAUAAUGUAAUUUAUGCAUUGUUUCGAAAAUCCGCAAGAGUGCGUUUCGUAUAAUCGAAAGUUGAAUGCUCUCUGCAAAUUGAAAGUUGAGAGACUGAUCUCAAGUAAAAAAACCUACGUAUCCUAUAUCUGAUUACAUACAUAUAAAAUGCCAUAUGUAUCACUUACGUUUAUUAACCUAUCUUUCCUACGUUAUAUUCAUUUAUAGUAUAGUGC